CGGCCCCGUCCAAGCGAGCCCUGCCAUGAAAGCCAUCAGCCCGGUGCGCUCCGUGCGGAGCUGCUACGAGGCCGUGUGCUGCCUCUCGGACCAGAGCUUGGCCAUCGCCCGCGGCAGCAGCAACAAGAGCCCGGCGCUGGAGGAGCCCAUGAACCUGCUCUACGAUAUGAACGACUGCUACUCGAAGCUGCGGGAGCUGGUGCCGGGCAUCCCGCAGGGCACCAAGGUGAGCCAGGUGGAGAUCCUCCAGCAUGUCAUCGACUACAUCUUCGACCUGCAGAUCGUGCUGGAGGAAGAGGCCAAGGGCUGCGACCCUUCCCCCGAGGGCACCCUGCUCUCCUUGAAGGCAGCCGGACUCGCCUCCGAACUCCGCGCCAAAGACGAGAGAAGUUUGUGUCACUAACGUCGCCUCUACCAGCAAACACGCAGCGAGUGUCGGUUCCUGAUUCGUUAUCAGCCGGAGG